CCUGCCCAAACCCGAGAGCUUGGGCUAUUUGCUCCCUGAAUUCAGUACAUUAGAAAGGGGAGGUUUACGGUAUUCCCUUUCUCCUUCAACAGACUCUUCGCAUCCUCUUUCAAAAGCCAAAACUCAAUUCUCGCUGUCCCAGGUCCUCCGACGACACAAGGCUCCCAUAUUACCACCUUCCAUACCACUAACCGCCUCACCAAUUCUAAUAUCCUCAUUCUCGGGUACCCAUUUAACGAACCAAAGCCCCCUAUGAUACGACCACCCCGCGAUUCUGAGAUACAGCGUUUGAGACAGAGACCCCGCCCCGGGCUCACCAUCUGGAGAGCGAAAGAGGAAGGAAGGAUACGAACCCACGGGUUCACCCCACCUCUACCCCCGCCCCCGACAUCCCGGCCGGAUAAAGGAGCCGAGGCCGAAAGAGAAGAGAGACCCCGCCCCCCUCGAGGAGAGAAGCCGCAGCCCCUGCAGGACAGGGGCCUGGGUCGCUAUGGGUUCCACAGCGGCCCCAGAGGGAGCGCUGGGCUACGUCCGAGAGUUCACGCGCCACUCCUCCGACGUGCUUGGCAAUCUGAAUGAGCUGCGCCUGCGCGGGAUCCUCACUGACGUCACGCUGCUGGUUGGCGGGCAACCCCUAAGAGCGCACAAGGCAGUUCUUAUUGCCUGCAGUGGCUUCUUCUAUUCAAUUUUCCGAGGCCGAGCAGGAGUGGGAGUGGAUGUUCUCUCUCUGCCCGGCGGGCCAGAAGCCAGAGGCUUUGCCCCUCUUCUGGACUUCAUGUACACUUCCAGGCUUCGCCUCUCUCCAGCCACUGCUCCAGCUGUCCUGGCGGCUGCUACCUAUUUGCAGAUGGAACAUGUCGUCCAGGCAUGCCACCGCUUCAUCCAAGCCAGCUACGAGCCUCUAGGCAUCUCCCUGCGACCCUUGGAAGCAGAACCCCAAAGCCCCCCGACAGCCCCUCCACCAGGCAGCCCCAGGCGCUCCGAAGGACACCCAGACCCUCCUACUGAGUCUCGAAGCUGCAGUCAAGGCUCCCCAAGCCCAGCUAGCCCAGACCCCAAGGCCUGUAACUGGAAAAAGUACAAAUUUAUUGUGCUAAAUUCUCAGACUUCACAAGCUGGGAGCAUGGCUGGGGAGAGUUCUAGUCAACCCUGUCCCCAAGCCAGGCUCCCUAGCGGAGAUGAAGCCUCCAGCAACAGAAGCAGCGAAGAAGGCCCCACGCCUGGUCUCCAAAGCAGACUAUCUCUAGCUACUGCCACCGCACAGUUCACAUGUGGAGCUCCAGCAAAUACCUCCUACCUCUUCACACCCCGGGCUCAAGAAACUUCUGGAUCAACUUCUAAGCAGGCUCACCCACCACCAGGAGGUGAGUUUUUCAGCUGCCAGAAAUGUGAAGCUGUGGCUGGGUGCUCAUCGGGGCUGGACCCCUUAGCUCCGGGGGACGAGGACAAACCCUAUAAAUGCCAGCUGUGCCGAUCUACCUUCCGCUAUAAGGGCAACCUGGCUAGUCACCGCACAGUGCACACAGGGGAAAAGCCCUACCGCUGCUCCAUCUGCGGAGCACGUUUUAACCGACCAGCCAACCUAAAAACGCACAGCCGCAUCCAUUCUGGAGAGAAACCAUACAAGUGCGAGACCUGCGGCUCGCGUUUCGUUCAGGUGGCACACCUCCGCGCGCACGUGCUGAUCCACACCGGAGAGAAGCCCUAUCCGUGUCCAACCUGCGGAACCCGCUUCCGCCACCUCCAGACCCUCAAAAGCCACGUUCGCAUCCACACGGGGGAGAAGCCAUACCACUGCGACCCCUGCGGCCUGCAUUUUCGGCACAAGAGUCAACUACGGCUGCACCUGCGUCAGAAACACGGGGCUGCUACCAAUACUAAAGUGCGCUACCACAUCCUCGGGGGACCAUAGCUGAACCCCCACCAAGACCACACUGACUGCCAAAGGGGGCUGCCAAAGCUGCAGGCCCAGGCUUGGCUUCCCUGGCGGUCUUGAUAGGAGUGUGCCAGGCCACUCUGGUAUCAGGAACUCGUCACCUAAUUUUGUACUGAGGAGAGCAGGGGUGGCAGAUCCUGGCUAGAUCUGCCUCUGUUUUGCUGGUCAAAACCUCUUCCUCACAAUCCAGAUUGGAUAGCUAGGGGCUGGGGAAAAGGAGAGACGCAAGGGAACUUGCUCUCUUCCCGGGAACCUGCCCCUACUCCCCUCCCCCAUUCCAAAUGGUUUAUCUGUAAAUAUAAUUUAUUAAGGCCCGUGGGUGGCCCCAGGGCCUUCGUUCUGCUUGCUUUUCCAACUUCCGUCUUCCGAGACAUGGAAGGUGAGGGCUCCCCCGCUCUGCUGGCAGGGCUUCCUAGCACUUGGCUCUCUCCUUUGACAUGAGUGUCUCGCGUUGUUUUCCUUGUAACCUUUCUCUCUGGAAUCGCCCUUUUUCUGUUUGUUUGCUUGUUGGUUUGUCCCUUCAGUUCUAGGACUGCGACCUUUUGCUUUCCUAGGGCAGACCCUGAGAACAUGUAAGAUUGGGUAAGGAAUCCUCUCUGGUAUUCUGGAUGGUGCAAGUCCCGUAGCAGACGCAGACAUGGAAAGAGAACGUUCAGAUCUUCGAGGGUGAUGGGAACCUUUUUAGAUGAACAUAAAAUGUGGAUAAUAAAUUCCUCCUGAAGGCUGGGAAAGAGGGGCCUAGAUUCCUCAUCAUUCUAAAUGGAGGUGGGUAGUCUCUCCGGCUGGAAAGCAUAGCAGCUAAACUGAACCAUUGCUCUUUCCACCUGGGUUUGAAUGCUCUGUGCCCAACUCUCAGAGUCUGCCUCAGGGUCUGUGCUGAGCCCAUGAUCCUCCCAUUGAGGUUGAAUUAGUGUUUUCAUGGGGAGAGAGCUAAAGAUCUGUACCAGAGAUUAUAGAACCUGUUCUUAUCUGUCCAGUUUCUGAGACUGUUACGACCUAGGGAGAACUCAUGCCAUUCCUUACCUUGGCUACCAGUCUGACCCAUCCUUGCUGCAGGAGAAGCUGCAGCAAAUGUUCCUUGGGGUUCAAUAUGCCCUUCAUUUUGAAUGUGGGUUUUUUUUUUUAAUUUUGGUUUUGGACAGCGUCUGGAAAGUGACCAGAUUCUAAAAAUUUCCUGUUUCACAGGUGCUUGGUAAUUCUCUUACCUGAGAGUCUGGGUCUGUGACUCAGUCUUCCUCCACUAUGUUCCUGUCUGUGACAUUGGACUUUACACGGGAGACAAAGGGGCUGAGUUCCAUGCUGGUCAUCGAGGACUGCCAUUGGAAUUACAUGUUUCAGGGCUUUCAAAGCCUGGUUGAUGGGUUGGCCAAAGACCCCUCCCAUGUGAACAGGUCGCCAGAUGGUGCAUGAGGUUGGCCGAGGGCUGCAGAUUCUGGUGUAGGCCAUGCAGAUAAAAAUGUUAGGGAUGGAGUUCCUUGGUUAGAUGGAGUGUCUGGAAUGUUAGAUGAUGUUCGGGAGCCUCGAUUUGUAGUCCUGCUUCUUGCUGCCCCAGGACCUUAGCUGGUGAUAGGACUUGGGUAAGAAGACUUGAAUCUGCAAGGCAGAGCUUCUGGAAUUAAACCGUCAGCUGGGGGCUGGUGAGAAAGCCAUUCCCUUCCCCUCCCCAUCACUUGAAUACAGAAUCGAAGUGGGGGGGGACAGAGGAGAGAUUGCGAAGGUAUUACGGUUUCUGUUCGGCAGACUGGAUGGGCAUGUGGGAAGUGCCGGCGUGAGAUGUUCGAUCCUGCAAGGUCAGAUCCAUGGAAUAAAGAAGCCUCUCUUGCCCUCUGUGUGUCCUAGCUUGUUUGUGGGGGGAGGGUCACCUGGGAACCUGGAAAGCGGUUCCAAAAAAAAUAACAACUUGGAUUCUGUGUUCAUUUCACUGUUGUGUCCCACUUGCCCUCUUCAAUGGUCCUUGUUCUCCCUUCCCUGCCCUAGCCUUCCGGCUCAUUGUGUAGGAACCAGUGACUUCAUGAAGCUUAUCCGGAGCCACCUGCAUCCUGCUGGUCUGAAGUCACUUCCUGGCCGAGGUGUGGAGGCUUCGGAGAGAAAGUAGGAAAGCAAGAGCCUGGGAAAUGCAUCUGCAAGCACGGGUUCUUGUGACCCAGGCACCCCUCACAACCAUCACCAGAGACAAUGGGUAGGGCUCGGGUCCCCUAAGAACAACAGAGGCGAGUCAGAGCAGCUAGGAGAAGGCCGAGUGCGUUAGUGCCCGUGUGCCUGUUCAUCUCCCAGCCCUAAUAUCUUGGGAUCUAGCUAAUGUCCAAUACAGGAGUCUUUUCCCCUGACCCGUGUGUCCCAGGGCGUACAGGUGUGUUCUAGUCCAAGGCUAAAAGUCACUGAUUCUAAUGUUGCCUCCUUCUGGACAUUGCCUCACCGGUGGCAAAGGUGAGUGUGGUUGUGCUUCUUCAGUCUGAUGUUCUCCCUGAUAAUCUAGUUUAGUGACUGCUUAAGUUUCUCUUUCUUUCUUUCUUUCUUUCUUUCUUUCUUUCUUUCUUUCUUUCUUCCUUUCUUUCAUAACCUAGGUUAUACUUGAAAAACAAGCAGCAAAAGUCCCUGUGACUUUCCAUUCUAGCUUGUCCCCCCCAAUGAAAAUAAGACCAGCUACUAUUACCACCUAUUGAAUGGCAGAUCCUAAAUAAAGCAUUCUAGUGCAGACUUACUCAUUUAACUCUGGGCGGCCCUAAAAAGUAGGAAGUGUUCUCCCCAGUUUACAGGUG